CACUGCGAACGUUGCACGGUCCCAGCUUAUAGGAUUAGGUUCGCCUCCUUUGCUGCUCGGUUAGUUUAAGUUAUUUUUCUUCGACUUUUCUCGCGAAAGUGAAAAACGAAGGCAAUCCGGCCUUUUCUUUUUCUUUAUCAACGAACGAAACUUAAUCAACAAAUCAAAUCAAAAUGUUCAAGAAUCACCUAGCGAUGAUUGGCAUGAAUGAGACGCCAAACAAGAAGGCCAGAUUCUGGCAAUCAUACAUCAGAUCACUGAAAGGAUCCGAUGAUAUCCGCGCACACGAUUCGCCGUCCUGGCGGCACCGACCGAUCCUGCUGCUGGACCAGGUCGACACGCCGGCCAACCGCAUCCAGUCGCUGGGCUACCACUACCAGCCGGUGCACCGGGAGACGUACGGGUACUCGCCGCGGCCAAUCUACGACCACCACUAUCCGCGCCACGUCCGGGCUUCAAGCGUGAGCAGACUGGCCGAGGCCGAGAAGGCAUGGAAUGACCAUCUGGACCGGAUGCGGGACAUUGAUCGCAGGUCUAGCCCAAUUUACGCCUAUAUGAUAAGAUACCCAUCCCGGUACGGACUGUACCUGCGGGACAAACCCAGCCAGGUUGUGCUGCCCCAGGAACUCGAAUACGAGCCAGACACGAAGCCACACUACUCCCUGCACUAAAUGAAACAAAAAAAAACUAAAAUUACAAAAAAAAAACAAAACUAAAAAAUAUAAUUCGAAACUAAUCGGACUCCGGUCCAAAACACUACUACACACUCACAUACACAUACAUAGAAGAAACAAUCUACAAAAUUUUCCGACAUGGACGAAAAGAGGUGUUUUAAUAUUUUUCUAUUUAUUGCUGUAAGAGAAGAUGAAUUGUAACAUAUUACACUAUAAAAGAGCAAGUUUUCAAUUAACCAGUUUAUUGAACGUUGAAAUUAUCGAAAUAAAAAGUGCGCCGACGGUUAGAAAGUAUGCAAGAAUGGUAUUAUAAGAUGAGGUCAAAAAUCGAAACAAACUCAAACAGUUAGAAAACGAUUCAACAAAAAACCGUACCCACAUCAAAACACACAUUCAAAAACCCUGUCAAUGUUGACAACGAACAGAAAAAAAAACCAAAACGAUACUCUUUUCACCCCUCCUUCCGAGAAGCCGAAAGUCGCGCCAGCACUCCAUCUAGCGGCGUAAAGGGCAAACUUUUUGGCCUUCUCAGAUUGUGUCAAACGGAGACGUCACAUCGGGCACAACGACUGACAGCGGCGCACACGAAAAACGUCAACGAGCGUUUCUCAGAAAAAAAUAAAAGUCCUGCAGGUUUUUAACAAACACACGUACUCGCACAAUCAAGCGAAACGUCAUCAGCGCGUGAUUAUGUGUACACAAAAAGAGCGCGCUCAAACGUCAAAUGUCACUCGUUUUGCUCGAGACGGCGUGGAACCUUUUGAUUGCACGUGUGUGUGCUGGGUUGAACUUGACACUAUUUCCGCCGGAAAAAGAUCGUUCGCGCUAACAAAAGGGAAAUAAUGCUCUUUUAUUAGUCGAAUUCCUCGUCGUUUUCCUCACACACACAGCUCACAAGUAGGCGGCGCGCCCACACACAAACAAACAAUCUAGCAACUGUCAACCCAAAGUGGAUGGCAGCUUUCAGGCUGUUUAUUUGAGGGGUUGUGUUUGGGGCCAAACGGACCACAAUGUCGAAAAAAAAGGUUCCCAAACAAAACAGGUCGAGUCGUCGGCGUGCGGUUUUUGGCUUGGGGGGGGGAUGAUGAGGGCAAGAAAAAAAAGCAGAUAAAGAAGAAGCAGUCAACCAAACAACAAACAGAGCUUGAGCUUCACAGGAAAUAAAAGUACUCUUAUUUCAAGUGUGAAAAAACGGAAACGAA